UAAAAUCUCUAUUCGAAAAGAUUGCGAAACAUUUCGUGCACUUGGCACCCCUGUCAAGACGAAAAAAGUGGGGGAAAGGCAUGCCGUCUAUGAAAACGGUAUCGAAAACGAAGUGAGACCGACCGUAGGUUUGUGGAAGAGGAUCUUCGAUCGUUCAGUGUUUCGGGUAUAAUAUCGAAAUUGAAUUCAAAUUAAUAAGACCGAUCGAUCCGGGCGUGCACAAUGGCACUAUGAAUGUUAUCGUUCACGUAUCCUACGACAGUCCGUGGACAUAAGGACCUCGAUGAUCUCGUCGUGGUGCGUGGUUCCUAGCUAAAUAAACCGAGUGACACAACGGAGUGGAUUAUCUCCCCGGGAGUAAACGAGUUUUCUAGCGAUUCGCGUGCGGAGGAAGUGAUCAGAGGGAUGCCACGUAGCAAGCGAAGAGGGCCUUCCAACACAAACCAUAAUCAUACUCCCAUUGAUAUGUCAGUGUCUGGUGCACAUGAAGAAAGUUUACCUAGGCAUCCUUCAAAACGUUCUAGACGAUAUACAAAAUCUGAUGAUGUAUCUAAUUCGUCAGCGUUUUCCCAAAAACGCUGUGUCACUUGGUUCAGAGAAUACACUACGCCGGAUGAUGCAGACACUCUUGGUCCCGAAGGAAUGGAAAAGUUUUGCGAGGAUAUCGGCGUAGAACCUGAAAAUGUUGUGAUGCUGGUUCUCGCAUACAGGAUGAAUGCUCGCAAAAUGGGCUUCUUUACACUGAGCGAAUGGCUCAAAGGUUUUACGGAGCUUCAAUGCGACUCGAUUAGUAAAAUACAACAAAAGCUCGAGUACCUAAGAAAUCAAUUAAAUGACCCGUACACGUUUAAAGGGAUCUACAGAUAUGCUUAUGAUUUCGCUAGAGACAAAGAUCAACGCAGUAUGGAUAUGGAAACAGCAAGAGUAAUGUUACAAUUGCUUUUAGGAAAACAUUGGCCACUGUUUACGCAGUUUGCUCAGUUCCUAGAUCAAUCAAAGUACAAAGUGAUCAAUAAAGAUCAAUGGUGCAACAUAUUAGAAUUUUCACGUACAAUCAAUCAUGAUUUAUCUAAUUAUGAUUUAGACGGAGCAUGGCCGGUAAUGCUUGACGAAUUUGUUGAGUGGUUAAAAAUUCAACGGGGCGAGGGGUCAUCGUCAACAGAAGCUAGAGGCAGCUGAAACAUCAUAAGAAUAGUCCAUUAAACUAAGAACAAUUCAUUUCUUUUUAUCAUAUUCUGUAAUUAAUGAAAUUUCUGUUUAUAAAUGUCAUAACCUCGCAAUAUUUCCAUCAUUUAUACUAUUUUUUUUGUUACGAUUAAAUGAUAGUGAUAUAUUGUAAGUAGCUUUACCUUAAUAUAAUUUACAGUAUCUUCUAUACAGAUUCAGCUAAAGAUUUUCUUUUGACCGUUUUCUUACUUAUCGCCAUUUACAAUUAAUCUAGAGUUCGUCGCAGAAACUCUUUGUGAUUAGAAAUAAAACUAUUUUGAUAUAAGAUUUACUUGUGCAAUUUAUAAAAAAUAAUUUGAGAUAUCAAAUUAACGGAUAAGUAAUUUAAACUUAUGAUAUGGGAUUUUCCAAAAUUGAGUAAUACUUGAAAUAAUUGCCAUUGACUUCCAGUGAUUGUAAACUGCAUUUUUGCAUCAUUUUUACACACUUUAGGUACGUUGUUAGGCACAUUAUUUAAAUAAAUUGAUAAAGAACUACGUGUAACUUUCACAUUCCAUGUGAGUUAAUAUCGAAAGUACACCUCUGUAAACUUCUUGUAAUUUACAUAAUUUGUAAUUUUUCACACAAAUUCUGUUGAUAUAGAAUUUCUAAUUUCUCGUGUAAUUCUUAUUUCGUCCACCUUAUUGUAAUGACACUUUUUUUAUAAAAUUUAGGUAUUGUAUAAUAUUGUCAAUGCAACACAUUUAAUUAAAAAAAUAUGCGAAUAUCACUAAGUAGACUCAUUGAUGAAAUAAAACACUAUAUAGGUGCUACUACAACAUUUAGUAUUCUAAAAAGCAGUACCAUAAAGUGUCAAUAUCAUGCGCUAUUUAGUCAAAAUUAAAUAAUUCCUGUAAAUGCUAAAAUUAUGGGUGUAUAUUAGAAUAACGAACUCUCUUAAAACACAAUAUUUAUUAAGUACAUCUAUUUCUCGAUAUCUUUCAAAUUUACUGAUAUCACAGACUGCUUUAUUAAUAAGGACACAAAAUUUAUUAGCAAAGAGGACUUAUUUUAUAAUUAUUUAUUUGCAAAAGUUUCCGUAUUAAUAUGUCUUUGAUAUCAUUUAUUUUUGUCUAAUAAUCUUAACACUUGUAUGUUGAAACUGAACAUUAUCUUGAAUUUAAUGAUUGUUUCGCAUUACGAGUUUUAAUUAUCGAGAUCUUAAUCCAUACACGACAUAUUUCAGUAGAACAUUUCAGCAAUGUUGCAACAACUUUGCAACGUUUUUACAGUGAGCAAGAAACAUUAAAAAAAUUAUGAAUGUUAAUUUUGUAUGUAUUUUUCAACGUUUUAAAAUAUUGCAUAAAGUUUUUAAAAACAUUUGAUAUAUGGUUUUUUUUUUAAAACAAUGUCGAAAUGUUUUAAAAACAAUUAUUUAUAACUGGUCAAAUUGGUUUAUUCAUAUUGUGUACAAUGUUAAAUACGUUAUAUUUGUGAAAAUACCAUUGAAUAUCGUUAUAAUGAUGUGAUAAUGAUUUUAUUCUUAUUGGGUAUUGUAAGUUGAAAUAUUACAAUGUUGCUGCAAUAUUACUGAAGUGUCAUAUAGUAUUCUGUGCUAAACUUUGUGAAGUUUUUUGAAACUCAUGUAUAAUUAUAUAAGACUACAUGUAAAAUAUAUUAAUUUGAUAAAGCGCUAACUAUUUUUAUUUAAUAAAUUUCACAAAACUUAUUAUUAAGUUUAUACAUCACUAAAGUCGAUCCGACAAGUGAAUUUAAUGAAACGCAAAACUCAACAAACAAUAUUGUAGAUUUUUUCAAUUAUUAAAGUUAAAUAUAAUAUUUUUUUUAUA